AUGUAUUUAAUAAUCUUUUUUUUCUCUAGCAACUGUUCGAACAAUAACGGCGGUACUUCCUCCCUUUGUUAUAGAACGCAUAGAGGCGGGCAAGCAAAUACGGGUUGUUUGACUUCGGGCAAAGCAGAAAUUUAUAUAACUCCCUAUAAGGAUUGGACAUUUCAAGCUAUUCGUUUAAAACAACCAAAUACUGUGGUUGUUCUCAGAUACAAAAUAUUUGAACGGAAAAUACCUUCAAAAGGGGUUCAUUGGACUAACACUUUUGACGAAAUUUUAAGAAUUCCAUUAAACAAGGGAACAACAAAAUUUGAAUUAAAUGCGGUUAGUCAAGAAUUACACAAUCAAAUAACAGGCAGUAAUAGUCAACACAAAAUUGAGAUUAAUGCGGUUGGUGGUCGUCCUCACAGACAAAUAGAGCCGGGAAUGUAUUUCUAUCAGAUUAUUAAUGACAGUCCUCCCCAACUUAGAGAGGGUGUUCCCUUAAAUGGGCCAGGAGAAAAUAGUUUGGAAAAAUUUGGUUGGUUACGCUUGGACGAGAAAAAUGGUGGAUGGAUUGUUAGGAAAGGAUUGGAGAAAAUAACACAGGCACAGCAUAUCCGAGUAGAUGACUGUAAAGCACAACGUUAUAGAACAACAUUUAAUGUAGAACAAUUUGUAUUAAAAAAUGGAGGGAAUUUGGGGGAAGAAUCACAAAUUGAGGAAUUAAUUAAUUUUGAUUUGGGAACACUAGUAAAUGACGAAACUUGGGUAAAUUCAAUAAAAAUAGGAGAUAGAGAAGCAAUUGUGGAACAUGCUGAAGGGGCUGCUUUAACUUUAACUAUAAGAACAGAAACAAAACCCAAUGUUGUUCGACAUAUUUCAAAAUUUAGUAAUUUUACUGGCACAAUUGUUCUUGAUAAAGAAUCCAACAGAUAUUUGAAUUUAACAUUUUAUAAUGCCAGAGGGACUUUGAUUGGCCAAAUAUUUUCAAGUGCGGAUUCACUUUCUGUUAUGGAAAGUAUUUUUAGUAUUGAUAUUGGGAAAUUUACAAAAGAAAAAUUCCAAAGAGUUGUGGCAACCUCUGUACAUUCCCCCAAACUAGUUUGUUUUUAUCCUAUUGGUGAUACUGACAGUCGAAUAUGUCAAAGACUUGAAUUGAUUUAUGAACCUAUCAAGGAAAAACAUUUUGCUGAUCAAUGGCAAUUGGCACAAACCGAAUGUAUUGGAUGUAAUGAAAGGGGAGUCGACUCAUUCCUUGCAAGUUUAGACCCUCGACAAUGGUUAGACGGUUUAAAUACCCCAGCAGAAUUAUUUACUUGUACAUUAGAGCUAGUUUUGUGUUUGGGGUUUUUACUUUCGAGUAUUCUAUUUUUUACAAAAUGUGUUAUUCCUUUGUGUAGAUGUGUGCAUUUUGUUGCUAAACCAUCAAAAAAGAAAUAG